CUCUGAUCAGCUCUGCUGUCCUGCGUGCGCGCGCCCCGAUGUGCGUUACUGUUAUUAUUCAUCUCUGGUCAACCAAAGAGCACGAGACCAGACAAUAAGCCAUCACACACGCUGGAAACUUAAAUAGUUAAACAUGAGCUGAUCAUUAACUUAUUCAUCAACUUUUUCAUAUUUUGGAGUCUUCCCCCCUGCAUUGCUGAUGAAGUGAGUUCAUGAAGAGCUUUUUUUUUCUGUACAAGGACACAACUACAUUUGUUGGCAUGAGAAUGGCUUGAAGCGAAACGAGAGAUUUGCUGAAGAAUGCACUGAGGUGGACUCAAAUGAAGAUUUCUACUGUCUGCAUGUGCUCUGCAAUAAAAGAUGAAGACGGCAAACAAAUGGACCGUUUGGGACAAGCUCCUAAAAUAGAUCUGCUGUUUUGGAAUAACAUGAAGAGAAUUCAUACGGAUUCUUGCCCUGCUCAUGGCUGACAGAGGUGCAGGAUCAAGUCACCUUUAGGAAGAUCUUUAAACCUGGGAUUAAGUGUGGACUGAGAUUCAAAUGUGUCGAGGAUGCUUGUCACGGAUAUGUUAUGGUGCGAAGCUGGAUUGAUCAUAUCGCUUUAAUCCACUUGUAGCCUCCCCCAGCCCCCCUACCCCACCCCAUGUCAGAUCUUUCCUAAAUUAUGGAAAUUUUUUGGAAGACGCUGACUUGGAUAUUUAGCCUGGUCUUGGCCGCUGCUGAAGCUCAGAUCCUUUCAUACAACUCUCAAGCGGAAUUCCUGUCCACGCUGGAGCACUACCAGCUAACAGUACCAGUGCGGGUGAAUGAGAGGGGCCAGUUCAUGAGUUACACUGUGAAGCAUUACAGGCCCGGUCGACGGCGACGUGGACUGGACCAGACUGAGCUGGACCACACUGAGACCAGGCUUUUUUACAAACUCUCAGCCUACGGCAAGCACUUUCACCUGAACCUGACACUCAACCCCAACCUGGUUUCUAAACAUUUCACGGUAGAGUACUGGGGCAGAGACGGACUAGACUGGCAGCAUUCAGUGGUCGAUAACUGCCACUAUGUUGGAUACCUACUGGAUCAAUAUAGCACUACAAAAGUGGCUUUGAGCAACUGCAAAGGCUUGCAUGGCGUCAUUACCACAGAGGACGAGCAAUAUUUAAUAGAGCCAUUAAAAAAUAUAUCCAGAAAUUUCAGUGACGUCAACCAAGAUGGACAACCACAUGUUAUUUAUAAAAAGACUUCCAUUCCUUCUCUGCAAGAGCCAAGCGAGGAGCUCAGCUGUGGUGUUUCAGACCUCACAGUAACCAGGACACCCAGCUACGAUACCAAUCCCGAAGCAUACACACCUUACCCAGCCACCGAAGGCAACAGCUCGAUGGGUGGCCACCGCCAGCGACGCUCUGUCAGCUCUGAACGCUUUGUGGAGACCCUAGUGGUGGCGGACAAAAUGAUGGUCGGCUACCACGGUCGCAAAGACAUCGAGCACUACAUCCUGUCCGUAAUGAAUAUUGUUGCCAAACUUUACCGUGAUGCCAGUCUUGGAAACGUUGUGAACAUUAUUGUAACCCGACUGAUUGUUCUGACAGAAGAUCAGCCCAACUUGGAGAUAAACCACCAUGCAGACAAAUCUCUAGACAGCUUCUGUAAAUGGCAGAAAUCCAUUCUUUCUCAUCAGGGAGAUGGAAACAGUAUCCCAGAGAACGGGAUCGCCCAUCACGACAAUGCUGUUCUCAUCACAAGGUAUGACAUCUGCACCUAUAAGAACAAACCCUGCGGUACUCUCGGUUUGGCAUCCGUAGCUGGAAUGUGUGAGCCGGAGAGGAGUUGUAGUAUUAAUGAAGAUAUAGGCCUUGGUUCAGCCUUCACUAUUGCUCAUGAGAUUGGACACAAUUUCGGCAUGAACCACGAUGGGAUCGGGAACUCCUGUGGAACCAAAGGUCACGAGACAGCCAAGCUGAUGGCGGCCCAUAUCACAGCCAACACCAACCCCUUCUCCUGGUCGGCCUGCAGCAAGGACUAUAUCACCAGCUUUUUGGACUCAGGUCGGGGAACAUGUCUGGACAAUGAGCCUCUGAAACGAGACUUCCUGUACCCCACUGUGGCUCCAGGGCAGGUGUACGAUGCAGAUGAGCAGUGUCGUUUCCAGUACGGCGCCUCCUCCCGUCAGUGCAAAUAUGGGGAAGUGUGUAGAGAGCUCUGGUGCCUUAGCAAAAGUAACCGCUGUGUCACCAACAGUAUCCCCGCCGCAGAAGGAACCCUGUGCCAGACAAGCACCAUUGAAAAGGGGUGGUGCUAUCAGGGUGAAUGUGUGACGUUUGGGACGUGGCCGCAGAGCGUGGAUGGGAGCUGGGGACCGUGGACCUCCUGGGGCGAGUGCAGUCGUACCUGUGGCGGCGGCGUCUCCUCUUCCAUGCGACACUGUGACAGCCCAGCGCCGACCGGCGGAGGGAAGUACUGCCUCGGAGAGAGGAAGCGCUACAGAUCGUGUAACACUGACGCUUGUCCAGCAGGAUCACGUGACUUUAGGGAGAAGCAGUGUGCCGAUUUUGACAACAUGUCUUUCCGUGGGAAGUACUACAACUGGAAGCCGUACACUGGAGGUGGAGUGAAACCGUGUGCGUUGAACUGUCUGGCUGAGGGCUACAACUUUUACACCGAACGUUCUCCCGCCGUCAUUGACGGCACGCGCUGCCAGGCCGACUCGCUGGACAUAUGCAUCAAUGGAGAGUGUAAGCAUGUUGGCUGUGAUAACAUCCUCGGCUCGGAUGCCAAAGAGGACAGAUGCCGUGUGUGCGGAGGCGACGGCAGCACGUGUGAGGUCACCGAAGGACUGUUCAACGAUUCGCUUCCAAGAGGAGGUUAUAUGGAGGUUGUCCAGAUACCAAAAGGAUCGGUUCAUAUUGAAAUCAGGGAAGUGGCCGUGUCAAAAAACUACAUUGCUUUGAAAUCGGAGGAGGAUGACUAUUACAUCAAUGGAGCCUGGACCAUCGACUGGCCCCGCAAAUUUGACAUUGCAGGAACAGCCUUCCACUACAAGAGGCCGACUGAUGAACCUGAGUCACUUGAAGCUUUAGGGGCCACCAUUGAAAAGUUGGUGGUUAUGGUGCUACUUCAGGAACAAAACGUUGGCAUCCACUACAAGUUCAAUGUGCCGAUCCAGCGUACAGGAAGUGGGGACAAUGAAGUGGGCUUCUCCUGGCACCAUCUGCCCUGGUCUGAGUGCUCAGCAACAUGCGCGGGAGGCUCGCAGAAGCAGGAGGUGGUGUGUAAAAGACUGGACGAUGGUUCUGUGGUCCAAAACAGCUACUGUGACCCAGACGGCAAACCACCAGGGAACCAGCGACCCUGCAACACUGAGCCGUGUCCUCCGGAGUGGUUUAUCGGUGACUGGUCAGAAUGUGGGAAGACCUGUGAUGGAGGCGUCCGAACACGCACUGUUUUGUGUAUCCGUAAAAUCGGACCCGCCGAGGAAGAAACCCUGGAGGACAGCCACUGCCUGACCCAUCGGCCAAUAGAACAAGAGUCCUGCAACAAUCAGUCCUGUCCGCCCCAGUGGGUGACGCUGGACUGGUCUGAGUGUACCCCAAAGUGUGGCCCUGGCUUCAAGCACCGCAUAGUUCUAUGUAAAAGUAGCGACCUGACCAAAACCUUCCCACCAGCGCUCUGUUCUGACCACAACAAACCUCCAGUCCGUAUGCGCUGCAGCCUUGUUCGCUGUCCGCCGCCAGGCUGGGUCCCUGGAGAAUGGGGACAGUGCUCUGCUCAGUGCGGAAUAGGGCAGCAGAAGCGUCUGGUUCAGUGUCUGUCAUAUACGGGACAGCCUUCCACUGAAUGUCAAGAGUCACAACGGCCCAACAUCAUGCAGCAGUGUGAAAGCAAAUGUGACUCUACACCCAUCUCCGGUGGCGACGAGUGCAAAGACGUAAAUAAGGUGGCAUAUUGCCCGUUGGUGCUGAAGUUCAAGUUCUGCAGCCGUGCGUACUUCAGACAGAUGUGCUGCAAGACGUGCCAAGGACACUGACCCCGUGGAGAGAAGCAGAGACAGAUGCUGCAACGAGGAAAAGCGAGAGAAAACUGGCAGAGAGAAAAGUCAACGCUGGGCACAGAAGAAGGAAGGAAGGCUCUCUCUCGCUAAUCAACACACACACACAACUGUUUUUAGCCCUGUGGAACCCAAACCACUGCUCAGCACUGCGCUGACACCUGUCUUAUUUUCACUUCUGUGAAGUGGGAAUGUAUAAAAUUAUCAUUAUUGUUGUUAUUUUUAUAAUAAUAAUAAUAAUAAUUGCUAUUGGUUAUUAUUAUUAUCAAUGUCUUUCUGUUGUUAUAAUCCAAAGUGCUGGACACAACACUCACAGAAGUACCACGGCAGAGGUUUACUUCAAGGCUCCCACAUAAGGGAGCUCGGGACAUUGGUAUAACCCUGGGUCCUGCAAACACACUCCUAACAUCGUUCUGUUGGCAACACUGCAUUCAGGAGCAUUCAAACUGACAAUGAUUGCUGGCAGCAUCAGAGCGACUGGAAAUCAUUUGUUUUGAGUAAGAGUUGGCGAUUUGAGGCAACGUGAGUGUCAGAGACAAAGUACUGUAACCAGCAACCGGAGUGCAGACACUGUCAUUCAUGUGAUCCGGCAUCUGAUACAGCUGUCUAAUAGGAACAUUUCCAAACAUGGAUAGUACUGAAAUUUGGUGACUGCACCAUGCAUUAGGUUUAAGGUAAAAAUAACAAUCCAAAUGUUCCACCCAAAUUAUCUUUUUCGCUCCUAAAGUCAAAGAAGUAUAGAUCAGGGAUAACCAGUCUUGUUCCUGGAGACUUCAGUUCCAACCUACUCCAACACAUCUGCCUGUUGAUUUAACUAAACUCUGCGGGAUGGUUGUCCCCCAUGAGCAGGGUCAGUAUAUAUUUAACAGACCAGGUGUGUCCAAUCCUACUCCUGUAAGGCAUAGGUGGAGCGUGUGUAAGGCUGGGGAAGGCUCCUGUACGAACAAAUUAAAUAUAUUGCGUUUGUUGCUAACAAAGUGAAAAUGAAUAUAAAGUGUUGAUUGUGGCAUUAGAUUAAGAUCUGCUCAUGUUGCACCAGGGUUACCAGGUUUUCGCAAACAAAACAUGUCCAACUUCUACUGAAAACUAGCCCAAUCGUAAAAUACAGGUGAAACAAUUUUUUAAAUACUAGGUAAAAAUCACAUUCUAAAUACACGUUUUUCAGCGGGGAUCCACCAGUAAAAUUUGUAUUCCAGGGUCUUAAAAUCACGUUAUUGGGGUCGCUUCAACCUGCGGACAUGAAAAACAACUCGCAGUUUAAAUAAAUCAACUCCAUAGCGAAUUCCAAUUGAUCACAUGUUUAGAACGUUCCAUUUUAGCCCAUUACCAUGAUUCUGCCAGCAGUGGGCAUUUGUUCAAUAUGAUCAAUGAUAUACAUCCAAAUCAAUGAGACUGAUGAAGGUUAGCAAAGGAAAGGACAUAAAAAAACAAGUGUAGCCAGUGUAGGACAGUGGCCCUCCUGGAGCAGGAUUGGACACCCCUAGAUGGUUAGGCAAUGUUGUUCAGCUUGUCCUGUUGCUUUUUGCGGUUAGAUUGAGAUCAUACUAGAUAUGCAUGUGGUUUAAUUGAAAUCCAUCAUUUGGAAUUUCUACAGUAUGUACAUUUAUUCACUUGGCAAAUCCUUUUUCCAGAGCAACUUCCAUUGCAUUCAUAGUUUACAACCCUUGACCUUGGCAUGGCUUGAGCCAGGCUCUACCAGUUGAGGAACUUCUAAACUAAAGUUGUUUUGACAGUAACUUUCCAAAGUCAGAUAGAGACCCAAGGGCAAAAGACCAACAGGGUAGUGUGAUUGGGUGCUUUGGUGCUGAACUUCUGCAGAAGAAAUCUCAAUUAGAGCUUCAGAGUCCAGAUGUUCAGUUGAGUUAGCCACCUGUUUAACUGAGCUGAAUCACAUGACCACGGGCCAAAGAAUUCCACCAUUGUCUGACACUCGAACAAGGCCUGAAAAUCAGAUCAGUUCCGAAGGGACGUUUCUACUAUUGUGUCUCUAGAAUUAUUGUGGACACCAGAGAGACAUUAAUUGCUAUUCUGACGUGAUUCUGCUUUAUGGAUCCAUAUUCUGCUUUAAAUUCUAGGGUUCUGACAUCUAUGCGUCUGUUCCGGGGACCAGCAUGUUCCAGACGCAAUAAUUUUCACAUAAAAUGCGUGCUGCAGCCACACUCCGCCACAUUAUCAGCAGAAUACACAGACAAUCCAUCAGCACAGGGAUGACUUGCUUGGAGAUCUCCAGGUCUGUGAUGCUGAUGCAUUAGUAAAGUUAAGUGAAGGGCCAGUGCCUGGGUAACCUGCCAGACCCCGCAGAUCCGGUCUGCCAUCGACUACCUCCAAAACACCCCCUCUUCCUCCUUCCCUGAGAUCACAGUGCUUCCAGCCCACACUCUUAAACCCUCCACACUCCAUGGUGCUUUUCUUUCCUCGGUGGAGGACUGUUUGUUCCACUGCCCUUCUUCCGCUCAUCUUUUGAGUGGGCGGCUCUUCUGGCCCCAUGGUGCUAUAAGACCUUGAUGCUUUCUGGGUAUGCGGUCUGACAGAAAAGCAAAAAUACUUAAGCUCUAUUCCAAAUCCUAGUGAGCUCCCUACCUAAACCAUCUUUUUAAGGAAUCAUAGGGCUUUCUGGUGCAAUGGUCGUUCCAAAAAGUAGGCUGUUCCUUUUUAUGAGACCUUUUUUUAAACACAUUUAAAGGCAAGAUAACGUUUAUUUUGUAAAGGCAAUCCCAGAAUGCAUUGCUCAGCAUCGGACAAAGUGGAAAGAUAUGUGCUAUGCAUUUUUAUGCUUGUUUUGGAAUAUUGUGUCAUUAGCUUAGCUACUGGAAUCAAUUGUGCGUCAUGUUUACUGUGCACUUUACGAAUGCUAUUUGUGUGGCAUGUGGGGUUGUUGCCUACAUAGUGUUUCAAAUCCGACAGUCGACAGGUCCUAUUCCCAUUACAAUGCUGCUUUAGGCCUGAAAUAUACUCUACACAACCAUACAAAUGCAAAUUCUAGCUAAGCUGGAUAUCACAUGUUGCAUUACAAAACAUGUUGGACCACGUCACAUUCGUAGCAUUGACACAUUCUAAGUCAUGUUUCUUGACAUGGAAAGCAUAUGACUAAACCACACAAAGAAAAGCAGCUUGCUAGGUUUUGGAACACAGCUUUUGUGUCUUUCUUUCUGUCCUUUUACUUCACAUUGGUUUAUGUCUUGCAUUUUUCCAUCAUCCAUGGCUGAAUGACUUAACCCUGGUCUCUCUUAGCCAAGGGAACAUCAAAUGAUACAGAAUCAAUUUUAGAUCUCAGCAUUGUCACGAGACACAACUGAUUAUUGAAAUGAGGAGUUAUGGGACAUUUUGAUGUUUUUUUAAUCAUACAACCAUUCUACUUUUGCUGCUGCUACUUUUUUGUAGCCACAAAUACAAUAUUAAUCGAUUAUGUAUUAUAAAAUGUUUAUAUUGGGAUUAUUCAACAGUGAACAUUGAACAGCGGAAUUGUAGGCCCAACAUGCUGAGCAUCCUGUAAAUCCUAAGGCUUGAAGUACAAGUUUACUGGCUUUUGGGACAUGGACUCUCAAUAAGACACUCAAUGAAACUGGUACUGAUCGCUGUGAACUUGUGUCUUUGAAUGUCACAUUGUUUAACCUGUACCUAUAGAAGAGAGGUUUGCAUUUUUUUUUGUGAAUAGUUGCUUACAUUUUAUAUUCAGUAUUAUUAAUGUUGGUACACUGUUACUAAUUUCUUUUUUUUUUUUCAUUUGUAAAUUAUAUGCUAAUUUAUUGCCAUGUGUCACUUGUCUUAUGUAUGUUUCACUGCAUGCAAACUGAAAUCUAGCCUAGUGAAAUCGAUGCAGUGGAAUAACACCCUUCACGAUCUUGUUUUAGUCUUGGUAAAAUGUGAGUUUGAAUGUGUCUUAUUUGCUACUAGAGCGCUCUUAAAACUGUGUCAGAAUGCUUUUGUGUGACUAGGUGCGUUUGAGUGUGUGUUUGUUGAUACUGAUGAUAUUACUGCACUGUUUCUCGAGGGCCAGUGCUCACAAAAAUAAUAAUAAUAAAUAACGGUAAAUGGUGUCGAAGUGUAAGGACAAAAAUAUUCCCAUAGUAACUUUAACAUUCUCAGUCCUUUGGCUUGUACCCUUGGUGAAUCCAACAAUAUGUAAUGGAUCCUGAAUAAAAUGACUUUAAAGGGGUUGUGUUUGCUUAG